AACCAAAUUGAAAACUUAGUAGAUGUCUCCUUCAAUGAAAUCAAAAUUGAAGUCCAAGGCUAGUAAGGAUCAACAGAAAGCCACUCCAACGAUUUGUGGCACUACUAAUCAUGAUAAUUCGAUUUCGGGUACAUUUCAUACUGUGGAAACAAUAUUAGUUGCUACUUCCUCUCCAACUCAUGAGCACAGCCGUACUCGAAACAUAGAUGACACAAAUGAGCAUCCAAGUAGCCUUCAAGGAACGGUGUCUGAGUGUGACUCAGUUUCUAAUAGUGGAAGCUGCUCUGGUGAAUCAGAAGAUCCUAAAGAGAAAAUGGGAAACUCUUCUAUUCGACAGGAUAGUAUUCCUGGUUCCGACAAUGAAAGAAGAGAGAAGAUUCGACUGAAGAACGAGAGGAAACACCAGCGGCAGAGGGAAAGGAGAGCUCUGGAGUUGCAUGACCGAUGUUGUGGGUUUCUCAUGUCCAGGAAACUGGAGUCACUUGCACAGCAGUUAGUGGCAAUGGGGUUCCCUUCUGAGCGAGCAACGUUGGCCUUAAUAAACAGUUCUGGCAACAGGAUGAGCAGUUCAUUUAUGGCAGGGUUGCAAAAUGUUGGCAUGGAUAGGGAUGCUUCAUCUUCUGCUAGUUUGAGAGAGUGGACAUCUCCUUUUGCAGGGAGUGACAUAUUCAGUCUUCCUAGGCAGUUUGUCACCUCUCCAUCUCUAUAAGACAUCAGGUCUUUUGGGGGACCAAAAAUUUAUGUAACAAGUCCUCUGUUGUGCUUGCGAUGGUUGUCUGCAUGAUGGUUCAGGUUUUUCAGUGAAAUGCAUCUACUAUUAGCUAG